AUGGCCACCCCAGAGGUGGGCGAGGGCGUGAGUCUUCCGAAAGCCACGGGCCGCGAUCCCGUGGGAGAGAGGAAUUGGGAGGACGGCCAGGAGGGGACGGAGUCUGUGAAGCCAAGCGGGCGGCGGAGACCCCUCCUCACCCGCGCCCCGCUCCAGGGCCAAGUCUACAACUUCCUCGAGAGACCCACCGGCUGGAAGUGUUUCGUCUAUCACUUCGCCGUCUUCCUCAUCGUGCUUAUCUGCCUCAUCUUCAGCGUCCUCUCCACCAUCGAACAGUACAUGGUCCUGGCUACGGGGACUCUGUUUUGGAUGGAGAUCGUGCUUGUGGUGUUCUUCGGCCUGGAGUACGUGGUUCGCCUCUGGUCCGCUGGUUGCCGCAGUAAAUAUGUGGGGCUGUGGGGUCGUCUCCGCUUCGCCAGGAAACCCAUCUCUAUCAUCGAUCUGAUUGUGGUCGUGGCUUCCAUGAUUGUCCUGUGCGUGGGCUCCAAGGGUCAAGUGUUCGCCACCUCCGCCAUCAGGGGUAUCCGCUUCUUGCAGAUCUUACGGAUGUUGCACGUGGACCGGCAAGGGGGCACGUGGAGACUCCUGGGGUCCGUCGUCUUCAUCCACAGGCAGGAGCUGAUCACCACCCUGUACAUCGGUUUCCUGGGCCUCAUCUUCUCCUCCUACUUCGUGUACCUGGCCGAGAAGGAUGCCGUCAACGAGUCGGGCCAGAUGGAGUUCAGGAGCUACGCCGACGCGCUCUGGUGGGGCGUGGUGACCGUGACCACCAUCGGCUACGGCGACAAGGUGCCCCAGACCUGGAUUGGGAAAACCAUCGCCUCCUGCUUCUCCGUCUUCGCCAUCUCCUUCUUUGCCCUGCCCGCGGGCAUCCUCGGCUCCGGCUUCGCCCUCAAAGUUCAGCAGAAGCAGCGACAGAAACAUUUCAACCGGCAGAUCCCAGCAGCGGCAUCGCUCAUUCAGACGGCCUGGAGAUGCUACGCGGCGGAGAAUCCCGACUCCUGCACGUGGAAAAUCUAUAUCCGGAGACCCAGUCGCAACUACCACCUGCUGUCUCCGAGCCCCAAGCCCAAGAAAUCAGCCAUGGUGAAAAGGAAGAAAUUCAAGCUGGAGAAGGAUAACGGCGUCGGUUCUGGAGAGAAGAUGCUAACCGUCCCCCAGAUCACCUAUGACCGGGUCUUGGAGGACAGAAGAUCCGAACAUUUCUCCAUCGACGGAUAUGAAAACUCGGUGCCGAAGAACCAGUUGCUCCUGGAAGUGUCCGCCCGCCCCUUCGGACGCACAAACAGUUUCGCCGAUGACCUGGACCUAGAAGGGGAGACCUUGCUGGCCCCCCUCACUCAGCUCUCUCAACUUGGGGAACACCACCGGGCCGCCAUCAAGGUGAUUCGUCGCAUGCAAUACUUUAUGGCGAAGAAGAAAUUUCAGCAAGCGAGAAAGCCGUACGACGUGCGGGACGUCAUCGAACAGUAUUCCCAAGGCCACCUCAACCUCAUGGUGCGGAUCAAGGAGCUGCAGAGGAGGCUGGACCAGUCCAUUGGGAAGCCAUCUUUCUUCAUCUCCGUCUCAGAGAAAAGCAAAGAUCGGGGCAAUAAUUCCAUCGGCGCCAGGCUCAACAGACUAGAAGACAAGGUGAUCCAGAUGGACCAGAAACUCAAUGUCAUCACGGACAUCCUCCAGCGCCUGGUCACCCUGCAGUCGGGGGACGUCCGGUCCCCCCAACCGGCCGGCCAAGCCCACCCUGAUCCCCACCUACCUAGUAGCCCCCUCCCCACCUACGAGCAGCUGACCGGCCCCCGGAGACCCCCACAGAACCGCAGCUCCUGAUGACCGGCGACUGGGAGCUUUGGACAUCUCCCCAACCCACGGAUCAGGGAACCGGCCUGGAGUGUUGCCAAUUUAUAUUGCCAACCUCCCAAGCGCUCAGUACAGUGCUCUGCACACAGUAAGCGCUCAAUAAAUACGAUUGAUUGAC